GAUAUUCAUUGCAGUUUAUUUCGAUAACGUUAUUGAAAAUGAUAAAAGUGCUUGUCAUUUGUUUCACGAUCUGUCUUGUUGGCAAUGUCCUUGGCAGGCCUCAGGAGCUGGGACGUAGGAGAAGAGGACGUCGGGGUGGGUAUUGGGAUGACUACCGAAGAUGGGAUUCUAUUCCAGAAGGUCCAUGGCCACCACAAUUUCCACCGGUGACUGCUGCACCUGUUAUACCAACUGCAGCUCCAAUCAUUCCAACUGCAGCUCCAAUUAUACCAACUGCAGCUCCAAUUAUACCAACUGCAGCUCCAAUUAUACCAACUGCAGCUCCAAUCAUACCAACUGCAGCUCCUGUUAUACCAACUGCAGCUCCAAUCAUACCAACUGCAGCUCCAAUAAUACCAACUGCAGCUCCUGUUAUACCAACUGCAGCUCCAAUCAUUCCAACUGCAGCUCCAAUCAUACCAACUGCAGCUCCAAUUAUACCAACUGCAGCUCCUGUUAUACCAACUGCAGCUCCAAUAGUACCAACUGCAGCUCCUGUUGUACCAACUGCAGCUCCUAGUGGUGAUAUUGCUUCGUUGCUUCAACAACUUUUUGCAAUAAUUGCUGCACUGAGAGACCAAGGAGUUAAUUUGAACAUAACAUAAUCGGCCUUUAGCUUUUCAGUGGAACUUGAAAAUCUGUAAAAGAUAUGAUAACUAAAUAAAAGAAAUAAAUUUUUGUAAAGAUUGCACGAAUGUGAAAAUAUUAAAUUUUUUACCAUCCAAUAAAGAAAAGUUUUAAAUCUUUAA